UUUAUUAUUACCAAUCGAAAAAUUGAGCAGCGGUUUCUUCAAAAAAUCAUAACUCCGUCAGAAAUAAUAUGGAUUUAAUUUUUUUUCCAGCAUUCACGCGGAUAAAGCCAUAGAUUGAGGAAAAAAAUGAAUGGUGCCAAAAAAGUUCAUUUAUCAUUCGUUCAUUCAACAAUUGAAUUUUAAAUGAUUUUUAAAACACCGACGGAUAGCACCGAAAAAUUUAGAAAAAAAGGCUGACAUAUACUUUGAACUAUAUUACAGCCUGUGAAUCAAUUUCGGAGAUGCGUUCGGCUUUGUUUUCGAGUGAAAAAUCAUCAAAGUUAGCGGCGCGCGCAAAUUCGAGCUCGUCGACGCUUAUGCGCGUAAUGACGCGCGUCGAGCGACAGAGAAUACCCUGCCUACUUUCCAUGGCCCAUUUUCGCGAUGAUCGACACCGUUAAAAAAUCUGAAAACAAUACUAUAGCUUUCCCAUGACUCUCCGAAGCGAUAGAGUCAAGUUACCGAAAUGUGUUAUUUCUCGUUUUCGAGAUAUGAGGACGCAUUAAGACACAAUAAUACACAGUGAUUCUAAAAAGGAACUAUAGUUCAAAUCAAAGUACGGUAAUACAGUUUUUACCAACACGAAAUAACUAAAAGAACCAGAUAUAUUGGAUACGUGGCCCUCUAGCGGACGGUUGUUGAAGUAAAAAAAAAAACAAUAAAAUAAUUUUUUGCGCUAAUAUGAAAAAAACUUGAUCUGAAGGGAUCAUAAUAGAAGCAGAAUUGAGCAUUGUUGGUGAAUUAAAGAGUAUAAUUAGCGAAAUAAAAAUUAUUUACUAAAAAGUACGAAAAUCCCAUGUUAAUUAAAUAGGAAAAGUAUCGUUAUUUAGGCAGGGUUGAACGGUAUCGUAAAAUUUUUUUUCUAUUUCUGAAAUUGUUCAUAGGUAAAAAAAAAACGAUUUUGACGAUACCCAAGUCGAAAUAGCCAACUUGGUGAAUAUAAGACACCCUAAUAGAUAUAUUAUACAAGCAUCGUAUACUAUAUCAUACAAUAUGAAUAUCAUUCAUAGAUAAAAUAUAUUUUAAAACAUAUAGGAAAGCCUUUACGAAAUGACUGUGGAUGUAUGUAAUAUGCCGAGCGAGAUGAUUUUCACAAAACAUAUGUCUAUUAUACCGGACAUCUCAAAGAUAUCCAAUAUGUCUUAGUGAAGCGAUAGGAGAUAUCCUAUGGAUAUCCGAUUGAUCCCAGACGUAAAUGAAAUAUUUUAAGGAUAUCUCAUUAGUCCUGGAUAUUUGUGGGCUUCAUAAGACUUAAGUUGGACAUCCUGUAGAUGUCCUGUGCUUCAUGGGCACAAUCUUCGACCUUUCAAAAAUUUUCAUCAUCUUCACUAUCUCAUCACCAUUUCCGUAAUUUUCACUAUCCUUGUCGUUUUCAGCUUUUUAAUCAUUUUUACUAUUUCGAUCAUUUUCAAUAUUCCCGACCUUCUCACUUUUCUUAUGAUUUGUCUUUUUCCUUCAUUUUCAACAUUUCUGUUGAUUUCACCAUCUUCGUCGAUUCCACUAUUCUCUUCGUUUGUAUCUUUUUCAUCAUUUUCGCUAUUAUCGUAAUGUACACCAUUUUUAUCAUGUUCACUAUUUCCGUCAUUUUCAACAUCUUCGACUUUUGAAUUAUUUCGUCAUUUUCAACACUUUCAUAAUUUUCGGCAUUUCCGACCUUUCCAACAUCUCCAUCAUAUACACUUUCUUCAUUAUUUGCACUUUUCUGUCAUCUCUGAUAUUUUUGUAAUUUCUACGAUUCUCGUCAUCUUCAUCAUUUUUAUAAUUUUCACCAUUUCCAUGAAAUACAAUAUUUCAGACCUUCUUACCAUUUUCAUCACUUUCGCCAUUUCCGUGAUUUUCAACUUUUAGACCUUUCUCACUAUUUUCGUCAUUUCCAACAUUUUUGUCAUUUCAACGAUUUUGAUAAUUUUUAAUAUUUCCAUCAUUUUCUCUUAUUUCAUCAAAUUCUACAUUUUUUACCUAUCUACUAUUUCAUCAUUCUUAACAUUUCUAUGAUUUUCGGCCCUUUUCACCUUUCUUACACUUUCGUCAUUUUUACUUCCGUUGUCGUUUUUAACAUUACCAUCAUUUUUACCAUUCCCGUCAUUUUCAACAUCUUUGACCUUUGUACCAUUUUUAUCGCUUUGUUUCGUCCGGAACUUAGUCCAAACGUCUCGCUCAACCAUUCUUACUAAUUCCCAAUACAUAUCAAUCAUUAACAACAAUUUUCCCAGACGCAACCCGAUAUCUUUCUCGCUGCCUUCCAUUUAACCGCUAUCGGUCAUUGCUCGACCUUUCAUCAGCAUGACAUGCAAGUGCAACGACCUUCCGAUUUGCACCCUGUCAGCUACACAUGUACUCCCACUUCACUUACAUGUUUUCCCAAUAAAACAAAUCAACCUCAAUUCCAAAUUUUCAAAUCGAAAUUACUUCCGAACUUAGAACCGAAUAGUACGGUUUUCCAGGACAUAGUUCCUUAGUCAAACACCGGAAUCCUGAAUCGGUCACUCUACAAUUAUUCAUCGAACACACCUGCGAGCCUCCCCGAGCCUGGUCAAUGUUAAAAUUCCUCUUUAAGACCUAAUCACGUCUGAUUACGCCUAUAGGUCUCUACAAGUUCAGAAAAUAAACAUAUUCCUCAUCGUAUUCACUAACAAUAAUAACGCCAGUGAACCUUUUACCGACCCAACAUUGGUAGCAGCGUUUACCGACGUAACAAAUUGGUGGCAGCGGUGAACUUUUCGUUUUUGUAGAAAACAUCAGAGCUAAUUAAUUAAAUCAACCAACAUUUUUCGAACACAUCAAUUUUGUAACAAAUUGGUGGCAGCGAAAACCUUCUAGUUUUGUUCGGAAACUUCAAAGAUGUGAGUAAAAUUUGAACUUAUUCGCUAAAGAGUGACGUAUUCAAUCAUAUCGCGACAAAGCGACGACAAAUCUCUAAAUCAGCAACAAUGGACAAUUAGUAAUCAAUUUUGCGGACAUUUGAUGACUACAAAUCGCGACGUCAAGACAUAACAGUUGACCGUGAUUAAUGGUGACCGAAGAACUCAGUAAUCUUCACCGAGUACUGAAAUUCUCAAACAGUGCUGUGUUAAUUGCAUAGACUCCCUCGUUAUUCUUCGAUGAGGCAGUAAUUUUGCUAAGCAUCAAAAAAGUGGAAAUUAUCUCGAUAACAACUGGACAAUAACCGGAAAACAGCAGCAGUGAUAGCUUUGUGUAGCAGUUACCAGUAGCAGAGAGAACCUACAAUUCCGUCAGCACCCGGACACCGCAGAAAACGCUGACAACACAUCAUCGGGCCCAGCUGAUCGGACAACUGGGCCAAGGUCAACAGGACAACACGCGUCACGCUUACACCUGUAGGCACCUGUCAUGCUAGAGCGGGGAUAAGGCGUAAAGAAUCGACAAUUGUCGGGUAAUGCCGAUAAUUGUCGACUCGACGUAUCCUCAAAAAUUAGUCCUCUUCUCCCUGGGCCGUCAUGACGAGUAGACGUGAGCGAUGAUAAGAUAAGUUCAUAGAGAUACGUACAUAUAUAUAUAUAUAUUUAAUUAAUGUAAUGUGCCAGGGAGAUCGAGCUCAUUACCGAAUAUCAUUGCAUUAUUGUCUCUAUAUCCCGCUCGCCUUUCUUUUAUUAAUCACGUCAUGUAUAAAUAGUCGACGGUCCCUGAUUUUAUUUUAUACACCUGUAUUCGUUCUAUUUAUUCAUAUACACUGUGUCGCGUGCUAUUUAUUCUUACCAUACCUGUUAUUCGUUCCUUUUGUGAUAUAUUGGCGUCUCAUUAUUUUACACGCAAACAUAUAUGUACGGCAAGAGGAUCCAAGAAAUUAUAUAACUAUUGUACAUAAUGAGCGCCCUGACAACUUAUAACUAAAUUAAAGACAAUAAUACCUGCCAACAAAUAUUGACCAACGUGUAACCUUAAUUCAUAGCGGAUAUUCAAAAUAAAAGAAUCGUUACACACCUCACAGAAAAUUCAGCUAACCCACAUCUAUAUCAUCGUAGCUGCACUCCUGUGAGUCGUUUGAAUCAUUCAUCUAACAAUUAGUGUUCCAUAGCUAUAAAAUGGAUAUAAAGUUAGCAAAUCAAAAUGAACCAUCAGGAAGAUAAUAGUUUCUCUUCCAUGUCAAUCCAACACGCAUCAGGCGUACUUCCGACAUUCAACGGAAAAAAUAUGUCGUACGGGGUAUUCGUGACCAGAGUAAAUAAAAUUCAAAAUUUGAUAAACCCGCGAGAUCACUCUCAAUUCGCGUUCUAAGUGCAGCUCAAAUUAGAGGGCAAAGCAGUUAGGCGCAUGAAGCCAGAGUCGGUAAACCUCGCCGAUACACUUAGGCCGCUGUCCCAUGGACUCCGUAUUCGUUGCGGAGUUAUUCCGGUCAACCGAUCCGCAAUCUAGGGUUUUUCCAAGAGCCAAUCAGCAGCGCUCCGGCAUUCUCGACUCCGGGCUUUCUUAAAUGCCGUUCUCCCAUGGUCCGAAAUUUUUACGGACGUAACAAUGUUCUGCCAAUUGCAGUGUCUCCUUCUGGCGCACAAUUCGAAAUGCACGAUUUUGAUUUGAUAAUGAGGUUCCGAGAGCGUACAGUCCGCAAUCAUGUGCCAGACGAACUUGAAAACACCGGACCAUAUCCGUAAAAGCAAAAAGACAACACAAAUAUUGACAGCACAUAUCAACAGAAGAAUAAUAACAAACGAGAAGAGCGAGCAUUAAAGUGACGUGAACACGAACAGCAUUACCUCAACCGUUAACUGAAUCAUCAGUCAACGCCUCAACUCUAUUACAGAGUAUUAUCAAUUCAUUACCUGCGUGAUAAUAAUGGAUGCAGAAACUUUAUUGAUAUCCAUCUCUGUUUUGUGGAUAAAGUGGCGUAAAAUUCGGCAGCCUUCGCAGCAGCGAAUUAUGCGCAGAAAGUUGUUGAAGUUAUUGACGAUGCACGAAUUUAUGGAGGCUGAAGAACACCAAAGACCUCGCAGAUUUUGGGUGCGACCGAUAUUUGAAUUGGAAAGUCGACUUCGCCAGGGUGCAAGCAAUAACUUAGUUCGAGAGAUGCUGUUACAUGAUCAUGAGAAGUAUAUUACCUAUUUUCGAAUGACGCCUGAAUGUUUUGAAAAGUUGCUGGCUCUCACAGGACCCAACUUGACAAAAAAGACGGUAGUGCGUACUCCAAUCUCAGCUCGUACUCGACUCGAAAUCGUACUGCGUUAUCUGGCAUCCGGGGACAGUAUGGUAUCAAUUUCAUUUGCCUUUAGAAUCGGAAACAAUACUGCAUCUAAAAUUAUUGCUGAAGGUUGUGAAGAAAUUUGGCGAUGUUUAAAAGACACAGUAUUCUUGGUUGACAACGCAGAGAAUUGGACAUCUGUAGCAGAAGAUUUUGAAGCAAAAUGGAAUUUUCCGAAUUGUAUUGGGGCUAUUGAUGGGAAACACGUCACGCUGCAAGCUCCAGCAAAUAGUGGUUCCACAUUUUAUAACUAUAAGGGCAGUCACAGCAUAGUACUGCUGGCGUGUAGUGAUGCGCACUAUCGCUUCACAUUAGUGGAUAUUGGAGCAGAAGGUCGUCAGAGCGAUGGCGGGGUCUUCAGAAAUAGUGAGAUGGGUGGUACGUUUGAGGGAGAUCGGUUUCAACUACCUUCAUCUCGAGCUGUUAGCAGUGAUGGACCAAUCUUGCCAUAUGUUCUUGUGGCUGAUGAAGCUUUUCCGCUCACAGAAUACAUGAUGAGACCUUAUCCUCGAAGCCGUGCAUUAGAUCGGAGAAAAAAAGUCUUUAAUUACCGGCUCAGUAGGGCUCGCAGAGUGGUUGAAAGCGCAUUUGGUAUUCUUGCAGCAAAAUGGAGGAUCUUUCGUAAGCCAAUUGAGGCAUCUGUACCCACUGCUAAGAAAAUUGUGCAAGCAGCGUGUUGCCUCCAUAAUUAUAUAUUAUCGUACGAGGCAGAAACGCCUUUGCGGCCAAGAUUUUAUUCAACUUUAAGCACUGAUGAACGGUGUGCAACCUCCCUUGGGCUUUCUGACAUCCAAUAUCUUGGACCACACACACGCAGUCGACAUGCAACACAGAUAAGGGAAGACUAUGCUACCUUUUUCGAAGGCGCAGGUGCAGUUCCCUGGCAAUGGGAGAGAGCAAUGCAGAACGAUUUUUAAAACAUUGUUAAAUGAUUCGGCUUGUGCAAAAACUUGGUUUGUCUACCGCUUGCUUACCCAAUAGCUCUAAAUCUAUAAAUAUGUAUCAAUAAAUUGUUUUCCCGAUUAUAAUUUCUCCACCGUUUUGAAAUACUUCAGA